CAGCUAAUUAACUGCACAGGCCGGCCUUCAGUGCAUAAUAUUGUAAUGAGGUAGGAGGGAGAGCCACAGCUGCUUCAGCAUGAGCAGCAGGCUCUGUUCCUGGUGCCAGGAACUAGGAAGGAGCUGACUUUUUUUUUUCCCUUUUUAAGUUGACUGAAGCGUAGACGUUAAAAGCAGAUAGAGGCAGGUCCGCCUCUGGCACCGACCAUGAGCGGGGCGCCGGGGUCCUAGAGGAGCUCGGGGAAGAGUCGGGGGAGUGACCGAAGAUGGGCAACCAGCCUGGGCGAGCGGAGGAGCACGAUCAAGGAACAGCUGCAAAGCGCACAGGGAUUCCAGCACCCCGGGAAAUAUCAUCAUCUGUAUCCAGAGAGAGAGCUGUAUUGCGUGGUCAAGCCAAUACUAGGAAGACGCAACCCAGCCCCACCUCUUCUGGUACACCGACUCCUACCAAACACGUGCGUCCCACUAGCAAGUCCAAGCAAGAAAAUGAAACUGGUGACAAGGCUGUUCUGGAAUCUCAGGUUAAAGAACUCUUGGCAGAAGCAAAGACGAAAGAUUCUGAAAUUACCAAACUCCGUUGUGAAUUGAAGAAAUGCAAAGAGAAAGGAUCACUUAACGCUGAAGGAAUGGGCACUUCCAACCAAAAUUUAGAAUCAGUAUCACCUGUUGACAUAGAUCCAUUAAUACGGACCCUUCAGGAAAAAAACAGGACUUUUCAAAAAGAGCUUGCUAGCCUGGGAGAGGAAAAUCGUGUUUUGAAAGAGAAGUUACUUUAUCUAGAAAACUCUCCCCUCUCAGACACAACAACAAGCAGUGGAGGUGACAGCAGCCUCCCAACCCCAACUACCCAAGAAUCCAGUUUUGGAAGCCCAUCAAAAAAUGUGUCAAGAGGUGAAAUGGAUGAGCACAGGCAGCAUGUGAACGGGGGUGCGCUGCGCAAUUCAGGUUCUUCCAGCAGUGAUGUGACUAAAGCUUCCUUGUCACCCGAUGCAUCAGAUUUUGAACAUAUAGCAGAUGUACCUUCCAGGCCAACAUCCUCCAACAGCAAUCACUUCAAGGGUUCCAAAUGCUCCACUACAGGAAGUUCUCCAAACAAUAUUAGUGACCUUUCUGUUGCAUCUCUUACAGAGAGAAUACAAAAAAUGGAGGAGAACCACCACAGCACAGCAGAAGAAUUACAAGCCACUUUGCAGGAGCUGUCGGAUCAACAGCAAAUGGUGCAGGAGCUGACAACAGAAAAUGAGAAGCUGGUGGAAGAGAAAGCUCUCCUGGAGACUUCCUUUCGUCAGCAUAGAGAUAGAGCAGAACAGCUGAGCCAAGAAAACGAGAAGCUAAUGACUCUCCUCCAAGAGCGAUCCAAGAAUGAAGAAAGUAGAGCUCAGGAGGGGAAGGUCCUUGAACUGGAACAGAAAUGUGCAGAAGUUCUUGAAAAAGCACAAUUUGAAAGAGAGAAAUUGCUCAACAUUCAGCAACAGUUAACCAGCAGCCUACGAAGCUUAGAAAGGGAGCAUCAGGAUGCCCAGCAGGUGAUUAAAAGCCUGAGAGAAGAAAAUGAGAAACUGCUUAAACUUCUAGAAGCAGAACAGCAGAACAGCAGCACAGUGACAAAAACUCUGGAGGACUGUAAAAUUGCCUUGGAAGGUCUAAAAAUUGAGAAUGGCUCUCUCAAAACUCAGUUAGAGAGUGAGAAACAAAAGGCUGCAGAAAUCAAUGCGAUGGGAUGUACUACUGACAACUCUGAGGUGCAAGAGAUGCUGAAAGUAGCCCAUGCAGAAAAGGAUCAGUUAGAAGCAUCUUGCACCGAGCUUAAACAAGAGCUGCUGAAGGCAAACAGUGAACUGAAGCACAUUCAGGGUCUGCUAUCUAAGGCUGAGAGUGAGUGUGGUCAGCUGAAGGAGAUAUGUGACCGGCAGGCCGAGCAACUGAGCAGAACCAGCCAGAAGCUGCAGGAAAAAACAUCAGAGAAUGAAGCAGAUAUAAAAAACUUGAAGGAGACCAUUUUUGAGUUGGAGGACCAGGUGGAACAACAUCGUGCUAUAAAACUUCACAAUAACCAACUCAUCAGUGACCUGGAAAGUAAAGCAAUGAAACUGGAAGAACAAAAACAAGAUACAGAGAGGCAGCUGAAGGCUCUGACUAAGCAAAUGAAGGAAGAUACAGAAGAAUGGAGGCGUUUUCAAGCUGAUCUGCAGACUGCAGUGGUUGUAGCCAAUGAUAUUAAGUGUGAAGCCCAGCAGGAGCUGCGUGUGGUAAAGAGGAAGCUUCAGGAGGAAGAGGAAAAGAGUGCCAGACUGCAGAAGGAGCUGGAUGAAGUGAAGGGCAGCAGCAGGCUGACAGCUGAAGAGGUAGAAUCUCUAGAGGCAGAUACGACCAACCGCUGGCAAGGAGUCUGCAUUAGCAGAGCAUCUCCCACACCGUCAGAGUCUGCAGCCACUGUGAAGUCACUGAUAAAAUCAUUUGAUUUAGGAUGCUCAGGUAGCACUGGACAAAAUAUCGCAGUUCACAAGGUCCCCAGGAGCCCUCUAAGUGGAAUUCCAGUGAGGACAGCCCCAGCAGCUGCUGUUUCCCCCAUGCAGAGACAUUCUGUUUAUAAUAAUGCCAAGCCAGCCAGCAAGGGCGUUGCCAGACACACAGAUCUUUCAGACCUUCCUCUUGCAGACCUUCUGAAGGGGAGAAAUGAAGAGCUGAAACCAGACCACUACCUCCGUAAAAGCCCCUCCCUGGAAUCCCUGAGCAAACCCCCUAUGGCCUUCAGCAGCAGAAUGCUUACCUCUACCCCCAGCAACUUGAAACCCCAAAGCAAACUCAGUGUGGAGAGAAAGGACCCACUGGCAGCCCUGGCUCGGGAGUAUGGUGGUUCGAAGAGGAAUGCUCUGUUGAAAUGGUGCCAAAAGAAGACCGAAGGUUACCAG